AUGCAAAAGCCUUUUUGUCCACAGCAUGAGAAGGAGUUGGACUUUAAUAAAACUUUAAUUUGUCACAAGUGUGCUAUUACAGAUCACAGUGAAGAUAUGGGACAACAUGAGCCUAUCUGUGCAUCUGAUGCUUUCAAUGAUUUCAGAGUAACAGCAAAUGCUUUAAUGGUUCGGGCUGACUUCCACAAACAGCAGACUCAAGAAGGAAUAAGUAAAUGUAUUGCAAAUGCUUCCAAACUAAAUAAGCAAAGAAAUGAUAUCACAAGACACAUAAACUACAGUGUAAGUCAAAUGUUGAAAUUAGUCCAAGACACUAGAAAGGCGUUGGAAGAGAAGUUGGAAAAUGUCUGUGAAGCAAAGCACAAGCAAAGUACCUCUCAAAUUGAUGAACUCAAAACAAUUAUAUCAGAUGUUGAAGAAAAACAGAAUUACAUCACAACAUUAUUGAAAAGCAAUGAAGCAACAGCCCUCCAAACAUGCCAACAGGCAAUUCAAGAACUACAAGAAAAGAUUGCUGUCUUGCCAAAGAUAGAACUUAAAGAUGAUGGGAAGAUCUACUUCUAUCCAACCGAAUGUGAUGUAAUAAUGAAGAAAAACAUUUUAAAAAUAGGUAGUGUUAGUGAAAAGCCAAAUGAAAACAUUUUUGAAAUUGUAUCUGAAAAUCCAAUGACUGUGACAAGUUGCCAACGUUUUCAGGUUGAAAUAGUACAAAAAUAUGAAUGUGAUGUAAAUAUAAAUGACCUGGCAGUCUUUGAAGAUGGAAAAAUAUCAUUAUUAAAACUGCGUGUCGCUAAAAUUAUUAGAUAUAAGGGGAAAUUUUUCGUAGUAGGAUACUCAAAUAAAGAUGUGACACUGAAUGUCAUGUUCUGUAAUGCUUCAAUAAAGGGGUCUCCAAUUAAAAUUGUUGUUGAGCCUGUUGGAAUCAUAAGAUGUAUUAAAAAUGUUGGUCAAUCUACAGGUGCAAUAAGCAUCAGAUAUAAACAAAAACAAUAUUUUGGUGAGUAUAUGGUUGAGAGAGAAAAGAGUGAAUAUGACAGGGGUAUCAAAGAUCUACUGAUAUCUGGAAAUGGUUGGUUUUUAGUUGCUUGUAACACACAUAAAGUAUUUAAGUUUGAAAUGUCAGGAGCUUUUAUGAGUACAAUAACAUUAUCACCGACAUCAAAGGUUAAAAGAAUAUGCAAAUUAAAAAACAACAACCUGAUAUUCUGUGACUGGGGUAAUAGCAACAUAACAAUAUUUAAACAAGAUGGUCGUGUGAUCAAAUCCAUAACAACUUGUCUUGCGACGAAAUCUACAGGUCUUGCAACCGAGAGUUGUUUAUCUGGUAUUGAUGUGGAUGAAGACUUAAACUUGGUGUAUGUUGCUGAUCAAGCUGCAAAUUGUGUGAAGGUAUUCAACUUGGAGACCAACAUUAAGGUAAAGACCAUUGGAUCUAAAGGAGGUCUUGAAGGACAAAUGAAUGGACCUUCUGAUGUUGCUGUCACAAAAAAUGGGAAUGUCAUUGUAGCUGACACUGACAAUCACAGAUUGCAAUUAUUUUGUUCUGAUGGUCAAUUUAUUAAGGUUAUUAUUUAUGGAGGUAAUGAAGAUGGUAUGGUGAUAAAUCCAACAAGAGUGAGUGUUGAUUAUGAUGACAACAUUAUUGUAGCAUGUAAGGGAAAAGUACAGUUAUUUAACAAUUGUGGCAAGUUUCUUAGAGUGAUUCAUGAGAAUGAAAAGGAUAAAACCAAUGACUUUGCAUUUUCUAUUGUCUCUGAUUUCCCUAGAAGACUUGCAUUAGCAAACGUAAAUUCAAUCACGAUCAAUAUAAUCAAUUAUUGA